GGCUUGGAUGAGUCAGCAUUGCCUGACCAAAUGAAAGUACUGAAGAAGAAUAUGUUGUCGUUGCAUGCGCACGUGGACAGCAGAUUAGACUUCAUGCAGAGCACUCUUGACCAGAUCCUGGAUGUUCUGACAAGGCCAGGAUUUAGGCCACCAGCACAGUCGCCGUUGCCGUUAACGGCGAUGUCAGGCCCCUUUCCAGUUCAAGCUAGCACACAACCAAGUGGCACGUCUGCAGCAGCUGCACAGACUGUUGCGUCUUCUUCUUCGGGUCCAGCGGUGGGAGCUACACCACCUCAACAACCUGUUCCUCAACAGGGACAGCCGCAAGGUCAGUGGUAUCCUAGGACCCCAAUGAAACUGCCUCUUGCCUUCUCAGGCGAGAGGAAGGACGAAGAACUCAUCACUUGGUUGAGAACAAUCCCGGUUUGGGUGAAGAAGAAGAGGACCUUGCCAGAGGAGGAGGUGAUUACUGUUGCAUCUUACCUUGAGGGUGAGGCAGCCAAAUGGCUAGAUGGUAUAGUUUCAAAGGUCGGGUAUGGACGACGUAUGGCGGACUGGGCUCAGUCUAUUACCUUGGUAGAAGCUCGCUGGCACAAUCCUCAACAGACACAAAUAGUCACUGAUGCGAUCAACAGACUAGACCAACGAAAGUAUAAGUCAGUCAGAGAGCUCACGACUACCAUAGAGAGCCUUAUCGUCGUUCCAGGCAUUAUGACUACAUUUGUUAGAUGUCUUCCAGAGAACCUCAGGAACUUGCUGGCCAGCGAGGCACGCCUUGAGUAUCACUCCUUUGAGACGUUGUCUAGGAAAGCCUUAGAUUUGGAGGCCACUCUAGGAAACGCUCAACCUUCUCAGAGUGAUGCGAAGAAGAAGAAGAGUCCCCAGGAAUGGAAGAAGAAGGGGGCCAAGUUGAUGAUGGUUGAGUCCGAUGGGACUCAAACGGAGAUCGACGAGCUCACAUACCUGGUGGACUAUACAGAGUACGACGGCGACGAGACCGCUGAGGGUAGCACCCUCGCCGCAAUAGUAAAGGCUAAGGCAGGUGGCCGAGGGAAGGGCCAACCAAAGAGUCAAGGGAAGGCCGCCUCCAAUCAAACCAAAGUGGCUGAUUGGGUCAAGGCAGGUCUUGAUCAAGACGUGUGGCGGGACCGCCGAGUGCGUGGCGCUUGUAUAAACUGUGCCUUCGAAGAUCUGGAAAGCGAGUGGUCAAACAAGGACCCUCGCGAGUCUUGGGUGGCGCUAAGGAAAGGUCCUAGAGGGGAACAUUUCGUGGUGGAAGUCGAUGUAGGAGGCCGCAAAUGUGGUGCCUUCAUAGACAUUGGCUCCACGCGGAAUUACAUAAGUCGCGACUGUUUGGAAAGGCUGCACCUACAGGAGCGGGUACGGCACCUUAGUAGACCUGUAGCAUAUACUUUGGCCAACAAGGAGCGCAUGAUAGUAACAGACUAUAUCAAGGACGUAGUCUGUACCUUCUCCUAUGGAGGAGGAGAACUUAAUCAUAAGAUUUUGUUCUUGGUUAGCGACGACUUACCAUUCGACAUGUUGUUAGGCAUGUACUACCUUGAGGUUGCUAAGCCCCAGUUCGACUGGGAUAUGAAGGGGCUCAAACGUAAGUUGCCCGAUGGCAGAACUGUCAGAUUGACUAAGUUCAAAGCCAGUAGCAUUAUAGAUACCUAUGGUUGCUUGUGUGCAUCAUCGUUCUACAAUUACUAUAAGCAAAACCAAGAGGAGGGUAUGUACCUAGUGUAUGUCUCUGAGAAAGGGGAGGCCGUUAAAACACCCGCAGAGAUAGAACACGUCGUUGCGAAGUUCCCUGAUCUGUUCGAGGAGCCUACGGGGGUCGUAGAAAGGGAAGUUGUUCAUGCUAUAGAAAUCAUCCUAGGGAAUAAGUUUGUCGUGGUAUACAUUGACGACAUUCUGAUCUUUAGUAAGUCUGCCGAGGAGCACACACAGCACGUUGAGACUGUACUUUCACUCCUGCGACAGCACAAGUAUAAGGUCAACCUAGAGAAGUGUGAGUUUGGUCGCACUAAGAUACUAUACUUGGGUCAUGAAGUAUCCGCGGAAGGGAUUAGGCCGGAGGAUGCGAAGGUGGCUAGCAUUCGAGACUGGCCACGACCUCAGACUGUCACUGAGGUCAGAUCUUUCUUAGGAAUGUGCGGCUACUAUAGGAACUUCGUAAAGAACUAUUCUANCUGGCCACGACCUCAGACUGUCACUGAGGUCAGAUCUUUCUUAGGAAUGUGCGGCUACUAUAGGAACUUCGUAAAGAACUAUUCUACAGUCGCCUCUCCUUUGACAGAUCUAACUCGACUUGACACGCCGUGGGACUGGAGUGAUGAGUGCGAGGGUGCUUUCAAGCGAUUGAAGCAUGCACUCAUGAAUCAUGAAGUUCUCAUGGUUCCCGAUCCUAAGAAGCCAUUCAUAGUGACCACUGACGCAAGCCAAUACGACAUUGGCGCAGUGCUGGCUCAACAGGAUGGGAAAAAGUUGAGACCGAUUGAGUACAUGAGCAAGAAGAUGCCAUCGAAGACACUGGCGAAGUCCACCUAUGAAAGGGAACUCUAUGCUCUAUAUAAAGCACUUGUCCAUUGGAGACACUUCCUUUUGGGAAGGUUCUUCUACUUGAGGACUGAUCAUCGAACCCUCAAAUGGAUCAAGACUCAACCGGCUCUUUCUGACGCACUCAAGCGAUGGAUUGAGGUCAUAUAUCAAUACGACUUCAAGCUUGAGUAUCUGAAGGGAGAGUACAACAAGGUUGCAGAUGUGCUAUCAUGUAGGGCAGACUACCUAGGUGCGCUAGUUUCUGACUUUGGUGUAUCUGAUGAAGUAAAUCAAUCGUUGGUGGGAGCCUAUCAGGAAGACCCUGUCGCGAUGGACAUCAUUCGCAAACUUCAGGCAAAAGACAAGGUCACAGAGAGACAGAGUGUCUCCAUGGAUUUCAUGGACACCCUAGUGACCAGCAAGAGUGGCAAGAGGCACAUAUUCGUCAUCAUCGAUCGAUUCACCAAAUACGCUAGACUAGUUGCAAUGCCAGAGACCGCAAGGACUGACCAUGUCAUCAAGUUGUUCAAGGAUAACUGGGCUGUCAGUUUUUAUACGGCUUCUAGCCCUGUCAGCUUCCGUGUGAAGCUGCCCGACUACCUACGCCAAGCUCGUGUGCACAAUAUCUACCACAUCUCGUUACUGCGUCCCUAUCGCAGACCGUCUGAGCGUUUCGCAGGACGACCAUACGGGCGCCCUCCACCCAUCGUGGUGGACGGCCACGAGGAGUUCCUCGUUUCAGACAUCAUUGGUCAUCGAGUCACCGACGACAAUCCUCCUCACGUCGAGUAUCUCGUACGUUGGAAGGGUUACCCUGAUGAGGAGGCUAUCUGGGAGCCCCUCGAGCGCUUGCAGCACGCUCGCAUGUUGGUGCGUGCCUAUGACCGUGCUCAUCGUGAUGGGCUGACUGCUCCUCCUCAGCCUACUGACCCUCCUUCUCCCUCGGCUGAGGAGACCGCUGAAGUCGAGCCUACUCCUUCUGAGGCAGAUCUUCAACAACAGUCGGAUGCUUCUGAGCGUCCACAACACAUUCAUCGUCGUCCUGCUCGAUACGACGAUUGACUAUGACUUAUCUUCCCAUGUGUUUGACUUCUCAAUACUCCAUCCACUCCAGUUUUGCCACUUCAGCUCAUCGACGUUGCGGUGUCGAGCGCAUCGUCCCUCGCACGAACGAGGGCCCUCCCGGCCAUGUCACGCAGGAGUAAAAUCAUAAACAAACU